AACACUACAUGUCUUGCAGUGUUGGCAACACUGUGCCCAUUUUGUUGUGAAUUAUUGUUAAUUUUUUAAUUUAAUUUAUACAAAUUGUGCAUACGCGUACAACAAGACCAAAACACUGCGGCCUGAGUCCAGAAUGUGCCAGUUUCUAUAAACGGCUUAAACCAAUAGAAAAUCUGUGCGCGCUCAAUCGAAACGUGUUAAAAAAUGACCAUGGGCGAGCGUGAGCCAACUUCGUCUCUCGUUCUGCCCGUUAUAUUGAGGCCUAUUUUCACACAGCUCGAGCGACGCGACGUUGGCGCGGCACAGUCACUGCGUUCAGCCAUACUAAAAUCGGAGCAGAACAAUCCGGGCUUCUGCUAUGACCUCGUUGCGUCGAUCGUGAGACGCGCUGAUCUAAAUGUCAACCUGAAUGAGGCCGUCUUGCGUUUGCAGGGCAACAUUACCGAGGCAGAUCUUAAUGAAUAUCGCUUGACACGCACCGAAGAGCCGUUCCAGGAGCUGAAUCGCAAAUCAGUAGCCCUGAAAGUGAUACUCAGUCGCAUACCAGAUGAGAUCAACGAUCGCAAGACCUUCCUUGAGACAAUCAAGGAAAUUGCGAGCGCCAUAAAGAAACUGCUCGAUGUGGUCAACGAGAUUGGUUCGUUUAUACCAGGCGUCACUGGCAAGCAGGCUGUCGAGCAGCGCAAGAAAGAGUUCGUCAAAUAUUCAAAAAAGUUCAGCACAACGCUGAAGGAAUACUUCAAAGAAGGACAGCCGAAUGCAGUAUUCAUAAGUGCACUUUUUUUAAUAAGGCAAACGAAUCAAAUUAUGCUGACAGUUAAGAGUAAAUGCGAGUAGAAAAUUAAAUGUUUUAAUUAAUGCAAAAAUUAGUGGCAUUUUAAUUUUAUGUUUAACUAACUAUUAGACAACACAAAACAAACUAAGAAAAUACAAAGAAACACAAACAAGCAACAAACAGAAGCAAGGAACACAAUUGCAAUAGGAAUCCGUAGUCGCAUAUUAGAGAUCCGUAACUAAAGCCUGCUGUAACUAAACAAACACAAA